UUUAGAUUAUUUAAAUAUAAUCUAAUCUCUCAAAUAUAAUCUCUCUAGCCCAGGUGACAGGGUGAGACCCAGUUAAAAAAAAAUAGGUGUGUAGCAUGAGGAAAUUUGAAACAGACUGGGUAGUUUAUUGUUAGCUUUAGCCAUAUUGUAGACUAUUAGAUUAGCAAAAUCUUGGGGGCCUUGUCAAGACCUUUGUUCCCAUCUUUGUCUGAUUUAGUACUUUUGCAAUGAAUGUAUAGAGGAGAUGAGCAGUAGUUACAGGAUUUGCAGUCAGAAGAUCCUGAUUAUUCUGAGCUCUCAGACAUCGUUAGUAUCAUAAUAAAAUGAGUGAUAAUGCUUUACAGAAUUUUUAGGAUUAUAGUAGCCCUUCUCCUUUAUUUGUGGGAGAUGCAUUUCAAGACCCCCCCAGUGGAUGCCUGAAAUCACAGAUAAUACUAAAUCCCAUAAAUACUGUUUUUUCCUAUACAUAUAGACCUAUGAUAAAGUUUAAUUUAUAAAUUAGGCACAGUAAGAGACAACAGUAAUAACUAAUAAUAGAAUGGAACAAUUAUAACAGUAUACAGUAGUAAAAGUUAUGUAAGGCUGGGUGCAGUGGCUCACACCUGUAAUUCCAGAACUUUGGGAGGCUGAGGUGGGUGGAUCACUUGAGGUCAGGAGUUUGAGAGCAUCUUGGCCAACAUAGUGAAAUCCUUACUCUACUAAAAAUACAAAAAAAAAAAAGUAGGUGUGGUGGUUAGCAACUGUAAUCUUAGCUACUUGGGAGGCUGAGACUUGAACCCGGGAGAUAGAGGCUGCAGUGAGCCAAAAUUGUGCCACUGCACUCUAGCCUGGGUGACAGAGCAAAACUCCAUUUCCAAAAAAAAGAAAGAAAAAGAAACUGUUCUGUAAAUGUGGUCUCUAUCUCUUUCUCAAAGUACUAUAAUAUUUUUGGAUCAUGACUGACCAUAGUUAACUGAAACUAAAAAGCAAAACUGGAUAAGGCAGGGUACUGUAAAUGAGAGCAUAUGAACUCAUUUAUUCAUUCAACACCUACUGAAUUCCAACUUAAUGUGCUAGGUGCGAAAUACUUUUUUAGAGGAUAUUGUUGGUGUGCUGAUCAGAUUUUCAGAUCAUUCAAUAUUGUGAGGGAUAGCAAUGGAGUGGAACAGUUAGGAUAUGAGAUCAGAAUCAAGGUGAAUCAAGAGAUCAAAUCUAAUCAAAUGGAGAGUUUAACAGCAGGAAUGAAAAGUCUUACAUAGGAAAUUAUAGAAUUUAAAGUAAGAAGUGGCUGUAUGUAAAAGCAGCCUCCUGUGUUAAGGACACAAUCCUCUGAGUGACUCUGGGCUUCAUGUCAAUUAGCAGUGUCCUUAUGUCCUCUCAGCUAUGGACUGAAUCAGGUGAUAGGCCUUUUAUGUUGUCACAGGCAAGACUAAGCAUUGUGUUCACUCCUGGGACCACACCUUGAAAGGGUCCACAUGUUGGAAUAGGAGGGCCAAGACAUUUGGAGCCUUGUGAUGGGGACUUUGUGAAGGAGAAGAAGCUGUUUGGAUAGGAGAUAAGACGGAGGACAGGGCAGAGUGGGGAGCAGGGUUUAUAGGGUUACUGUCUACCAAUACCUGCUUACUAAUCAUGUGAGAGAGGACUUAGAUUUGAUCUGUAUGAGUCUAAAGGGCAGGAAGGGGCUAAAUGGAAGGUUCAAGGAGGCAGGGAGACCAAAUUUUGAGGAAGGUGGACCAACAUCAGUAGGGAGAAAGCAUGAAUUUAUACGCUCAGAAAGUGAAAAUUGGCGUAUCUUUAGAGAGGAACAAAAUGGAGAAGAUGAAGAUGGAGGUUGGCGACUAGCUGGAUCAAGGAGGGAUGGAGAGAGGUGGCGACCUCACAGUCCUGAUGGCCCUCGUUCUGCAGGCUGGCGGGAACAUAUGGAACGACGUCGAAGGUUCGAGUUUGAUUUUCGAGACAGAGAUGAUGAACGGGGUUACCGAAGGGUUCGCUCUGGCAGUGGAAGCAUAGAUGAUGACAGGGAUAGCUUGCCUGAAUGGUGCUUAGAGGAUGCUGAAGAAGAAAUGGGCACAUUUGAUUCAUCUGGAGCGUUCCUCUCUCUAAAAAAAGUACAGAAAGAGCCUAUUCCAGAAGAGCAGGAGAUGGACUUCCGGCCUGUGGACGAAGGGGAGGAGUGCUCUGACUCUGAGGGUAGCCAUAAUGAAGAGGCCAAAGAACCCGAUAAGACAAAUAAGAAAGAAGGAGAGAAAACAGAUAGAGUAGGAGUUGAAGCUAGUGAGGAAACUCCCCAGACCUCAUCAUCAUCUGCUAGACCAGGUACUCCUUCAGACCAUCAGUCUCAGGAAGCAGCACAGUUUGAGAGGAAAGAUGAACCCAAAACUGAGCAAACAGAGAAAACUGAAGAGGAGACUCGGAUGGAAAAUAGUCUACCAGCCAAAGUGCCCGGCAGAGGGGAUGAAAUGGUUGCUGAUGUCCAGCAGCCCCUGUCGCAGAUUCCUUCAGAUACAGCUUCUCCUCUUCUCAUACUUCCACCUCCUGUUCCCAAUCCUAGUCCUACCCUCCGGCCAGUUGAAACAUCAGUUGUAGGUGCUCCUGGCAUGGGCAGUGUUUCCACAGAACCUGAUGAUGAAGAAGGUCUCAAACAUUUGGAGCAGCAAGCUGAGAAGAUGGUGGCUUAUCUCCAAGACAGUGCACUAGAUGAUGAGAGAUUGGUAUCAAAACUGCAAGAGCACAGAGCUAAAGGAGUGUCGAUUCCAUUGAUGCAUGAAGCAAUGCAGAAGUGGUAUUAUAAAGAUCCUCAGGGAGAAAUUCAAGGUCCCUUCAAUAAUCAGGAGAUGGCAGAAUGGUUUCAGGCGGGCUAUUUUACUAUGUCUUUAUUGGUGAAGAGAGCAUGUGAUGAAAGCUUCCAACCUCUUGGCGAUAUCAUGAAAAUGUGGGGAAGGGUUCCCUUUUCUCCAGGUCCAGCUCCCCCUCCCCAUAUGGGAGAGCUGGACCAGGAACGACUGACCAGGCAGCAAGAACUCACAGCCUUAUACCAACUGCAGCACCUGCAGUACCAGCAGUUCUUAAUACAACAACAAUAUGCACAGGUUUUGGCCCAACAGCAGAAAGCAGCCCUGUCUUCCCAGCAGCAGCAGCAGUUGGCCCUUCUUCUUCAACAGUUUCAGGCCCUGAAGAUGAGAAUAUCUGAUCAGAACAUCAUUCCCUCAGUACCUAGGUCUGUGUCGGUGCCAGAUACUGGAUCUAUCUGGGAGCUUCAGCCAACAGCUUCACAGGCUACAGUUUGGGAAGGUGGCAGUGUAUGGGAUCUUCCUCUGGACACCACGACACCAGGCCCUGCCCUGGAACAACUUCAGCAGCUAGAGAAGGCGAAAGCUGCAAAGCUAGAGCAAGAGAGAAGAGAGGCAGAAAUGAGGGCAAAACGGGAAGAGGAAGAGCGAAAGAGGCAAGAAGAACUUCGAAGACAACAAGAGGAAAUUCUUCGGCGACAGCAGGAAGAAGAAAGGAAAAGGCGAGAGGAAGAAGAACUUGCCCGAAGGAAACAGGAAGAGGCUCUGCGUCGCCAGCGGGAACAAGAAAUUGCAUUAAGGCGACAGCAAGAAGAAGAAGAAAGACAGCAGCAAGAAGAAGCUCUUAGAAGACUGGAAGAGAGGAGAAGAGAGGAGGAAGAAAGGCGGAAGCAGGAAGAAUUGUUACGCAAACAGGAAGAGGAGGCUGCAAAAUGGGCCCGGGAAGAAGAAGAAGCCCAGCGUCGAUUAGAGGAGAACCGGGUGCGAAUGGAAGAGGAGGCAGCCAGACUCCGGCAUGAGGAAGAGGAACGGAAGAGGAAGGAGCUGGAGGUUCAGCGGCAGAAGGAGUUAAUGCGCCAGAGGCAGCAGCAGCAAGAGGCUCUCCGGAGGUUGCAGCAGCAGCAGCAGCAGCAGCAGCUGGCGCAGAUGAAGCUUCCCUCUUCUUCAACGUGGGGCCAGCAGUCCAAUACAACAGCAUGUCAGUCCCAGGCUACCCUGUCAUUGGCUGAAAUCCAAAAACUAGAAGAAGAACGAGAACGGCAGCUUCGAGAAGAGCAAAGGCGCCAGCAGAGGGAGUUGAUGAAAGCUCUCCAACAGCAGCAGCAGCAGCAACAGCAGAAACUCUCAGGUUGGGGGAAUGUCAGCAAACCUUCGGGUACCACGAAAUCUCUUCUGGAGAUUCAGCAGGAAGAAGCCAGGCAAAUGCAAAAGCAGCAGCAGCAGCAGCAGCACCAGCAACCAAACAGAGCUCGUAACAAUACGCAUUCCAAUCUGCACACGAGCAUUGGGAAUUCUGUUUGGGGCUCUAUAAAUUCUGGUCCUCCUAACCAGUGGGCAUCUGACCUAGUCAGUAGUAUUUGGAGUAAUGCUGACACUAAAAACUCCAACAUGGGAUUCUGGGAUGAUGCAGUGAAAGAGGUGGGACCUAGGAAUUCAACAAAUAAAAAUAAAAACAACGCCAGUCUCAGUAAAUCUGUAGGUGUGUCUAACCGGCAGAAUAAGAAAGUAGAAGAAGAAGAAAAGUUGCUGAAGCUCUUUCAGGGAGUAAAUAAAGCCCAAGAUGGAUUUACCCAGUGGUGUGAACAGAUGCUUCAUGCCCUUAAUACGGCAAAUAACUUGGAUGUUCCCACAUUUGUUUCUUUCCUGAAAGAAGUAGAAUCUCCUUAUGAGGUCCAUGAUUAUAUCAGGGCCUAUUUGGGAGAUACUUCUGAGGCCAAGGAGUUUGCCAAGCAGUUCCUUGAGCGUCGUGCCAAACAGAAAGCCAACCAGCAGCGUCAGCAGCAGCAACAGCAACAGCAGCAGCCACCGCCACAGCAGCAGCCGCAGUCACAGCAGCAGGACUCUGUGUGGGGGAUGAACCACAGUACACUCCAUUCAGUAUUUCAAACCAAUCAAAGCAACAACCAACAAUCCAAUUUUGAGGCUGUGCAGAGUGGCAAGAAGAAGAAAAAGCAGAAGAUGGUCCGAGCAGAUCCCAGUUUAUUAGGAUUCUCAGUCAAUGCAUCAUCGGAGCGACUCAACAUGGGUGAAAUCGAGACGUUGGAUGACUACUGAGCGCCUGCCGUUGUACUGCCCUCUCCUGUCUGCUGACCGUGGAGUCUCCACUUUUGGACACGACACUUACUCACCAUUUACUCUUUAUCACUCUGCAACAAAUCACAGAACCGAUCAUCUCAGGCUUUUUCUUUUGGCCCUUUGUGUCCAAGAUUCUUUAAUCCAUUUUUGUUGGUGAACAUCUCAGACUAUAGAUAAGUGGACUGGACCAUGUGUCUUGGGGGUGGCAGUUGGGAGUACUCCCCAACAAGGCUGAUUUUAGGCAGCAUGUGUUCACUGUACUGUGAUUUCAUCUACUGUCUCCCAGAAAGUGUGUUGGGAUCAGCCAUUAGCAGCUUGCUUUCUCUUGUCACUUUUUUCUUCUAUUUUGUUUUUUCUUCUUCUUUUUCCCCCAUCAGGGCAAGAGGUCUAACUGGUGCAAUCAUGAAGAGAGUUAAUGAUUAAUAGACAAUGGCCAGCAACGAAACACCCCACGGACUGUGACUCGGGUAUCUAACAGGCAGUCAGAGCUCUCCCAGUCUGAAAGUUGCAUUGCCACUGCUAACUUUGGGAUUGCAUCAGAGAGGCCCUGAGUGGGGUUAUGAUGAGGUUGGAUUGGUUUGAUGUUACACACUCCUCAACUGUUCUUUCUGAGCAUCCUUUCUCUGAAAAAAUUUAUGUUUUUCUUCAUUAGAUGGUGACUUCUGAGCAAGCUGAUCUCCCCUGGCAUACUCCAACCUGAUUGGACAAAGGAAGCCCUAUGGCCUGGGAGAGAGACGAUUCUUAAUUUUUCUUUCUUACAAAAACUGAUUUUUCCCAUACAUAUUUUUACUUCAGAGGACUAGGACCAGUUUGUUUUGGGCCCUUCUGCUGAAAAUUUGUCUCGUUUAAGAGGCAGCUAGGAUCUUUACCAUAUGUAUGAAUUUGUAUAAUUUCAUUUUUGGAUAGGGAUAAACUUUUGCUUCCGAUAAAAGCCUGGAAUUUCAUCUGGUUCCUCAGAGCAUUGCGUGUGUGUCUUGCUGUAGCCUGGAAAAGGUUUUGUUUAAAGAUUCUGGGAUGGCAAGUUGCUUGCCUUUUCUGAAAAGAGAACAUACAAAAGCUGACCAUCUUUAAGACCUUCAUCCAUGGAAUCCACCAUACAGGAGGAUGCAGUGGGCUGGAGGGGAUGGGCGAAAACGGGAGCAGGAAGCCUGACCUGGCUUCUGGUCAUGGCCUCCUAAUACUUUUCACUUCAAGUAGAAAUGUGCUCAAGCCCUAUUUAUAAACAAAUACUCUUCCUGUCUCCACCAAACCCCUACCAAAUAUCACCUGGAAUUGCCACACACACUGGGUUGGAGUCAUUGGGCAGCUGUGCCUGUGCCAGAGGUGCUGUGGUCUGGGCAGCCCCUGGAAAAGCACCUUUGCUUCCUGUCAUUGUUGCCUGAAGAAGGCUGGAGUUGCUCUGAGAGCAGUUUGGGUUUGGAGUAUUAUAUUUGGCUUCUAUUUUUAUUAUUUUGGAUCACCAUUAUCCCUAUCCCUUCUUGCCUCCCUCCCUUCUAAACAUGUACAAUAACUAUACAGAGACUGCUACAAAAUUGUAUAUACUUUUUGGAUCAAAUAGCAUGAGGGGAGAGGAAACCAUUAAAAAAUUAGGGCUCCUACUCUCCUUUGCUUUGUAAAUUCAAAAGUGGGGGGUGGGUAAGAGGGAUAGUUAAAAUGUUUACAAAAGUUUAGGCUCCCUCGGAACUUUUGCCAGCGUGGAGGAAAAUAAAAAAGAACUUAAAUAAAA